AUGAGCAACUACGUGACCCUCGAUGACCGGGCCCUGAAUGUGACCUACUCCGGCGACUGGAACAAGAUGGGUACGGCCUCGCAGUACGAUUCCACGACUUCUGCACCGCGCAACGACAAUUCCAGCUUCGAAGUCCAUUUCUACGGCCACAAAAUCAAUGUGAGAGGUACGAGGAACGAGCGAUCCGGCGGUGUACAGUUCGCUUUCAGCAUCGACGAGGGCCCUUCGGCUCUGGUCACUCUUGAGGCCAUCAAGCCGGGCUAUGUCCUGUACGACGACGAACUCUGGUCCUCGGACGUACUCGGGGAUACAGAUGAGAUGCACGUCCUCACCGGUCAGGCGAUCAAUGCCUCCGCGGGUGUCCGUGAGGCUGGCACGGCGGAAGUCUUCCUCGAUAGCUUUCGGGUCUAUCAGGUGGGGAGGGCCCCAGACGAGCAAAGUACGACAUCCGUCAGCGCGUGGUCCUCGGCAAGCACUGGUACAACAUCGACCCUUCCUUUCAGCAUGACCCCGCCGUCAUUGAGCGCUUCUCCGACGUCGACGCAAUUAGCGAACUCAGCAAGUGAUAGCUCAGGGAAUGGCAGGAUAGGUGCCAUCGUUGGUGGAACCUUCGGAGGCGCGGCGCUUCUCCUUUUUGCUCUCGGACUCCUACUUUGGCACCGACGAAGGCGCAGUGGUCAUGCCAUCGUCGAGCCGCUCUAUGUUGACCCCAGAUCCCCAUCUCCUAUGGCUGAAACGACAGGAGUUCUUGAGCCCCCGCUGUACGGGAUUACACACAACCCGAAGCUGCGAUACGAGUCCUCCACAAACUCGUUGAACAGCUCUGGAACCUGGCCGAGUACGAUUCAGCGCAAGGAACGGAUGGUGCAGCCUUCAGAGGAGACACUGUCACCACGGAAGCGUUAG